AUGGCUCCUAAGAAGAAAACAGCCAAGAAGGUUGGUUCGUCCAGUCCCAAUGACCUCUUGUCCAUUGAUCCAGUCUCAGCACCAGUGUUCGGUAAGGGUAACUUUAGAACAUUCUUAAUCACAGACAAGUUUUUCAAUUCUUCGAGCUCAAGAAGAUUGGUCAAGCAAGAGUACGUUUUACUUGCCGGAUUACUUGCUGCCUCAGUGUAUAUUCGUUGUACCUCAUUACUUCAACCACACUCUGUCGUUUUCGAUGAAGUUCAUUUCGGAGGCUUUGCCAAAAAUUACAUCAGGGGUGACUACUUUAUGGAUGUUCAUCCACCUUUGGCCAAAAUGUUGUUCGCAGCAGUUGCCUCGUUGGCAGGCUUUAAGGGAGACUUUGAAUUUGAAAAAAUUGGUGACAAAUUCCCAGUUGAUGGCCCUCAAUACUACUACUGGAUGAGAUUGUUUCCAGCCCUUUUGGGUGUAGGAACUAUCUUGUUAAGUUACUUGACAUUGAGACUGUCAGGAUGUCGUCCAAUUGUUUGUUUGAUCACUGCUGGUUUAUUAGCCAUUGAAAAUGCUCAGAUCACAUUAAGUAGAUACAUCUUGUUAGACUCUCCAUUGAUGUUCUUCAUCGCUGCUUCAAUUUAUGCCAUGAAGAAGUUUGAAGUACAAAAACCAUUUAGUUGGGGCUGGUACAAGGCCUUAAUUGCAUGUGGUAUCAGUUUAGGUUUAGCAUUGAGUUCCAAGUGGGUUGGUUUGUUUACCGUUGCCUGGUGUGGUUUAUGUUGUGCAUAUCAAUUAUGGCUCAUUAUUGGUGAUUUAACUGUAUCCCAGAGUAAGGUCAUUCACCAUAUCUUUGCCAGAGGUUCAUUAUUGUUGGGAAUUCCAGCCAUUUUGUACUUGAUAUUUUUUGCCGUUCAUUUCAAUGUUUUGGUUAACGAAGGUGAUGGUGGUCCAUUCAUGUCACCUGCCUUCAGAUCUACUUUAGUUGGUAACACUAUCCCUAAGGAUAUAACUGCUCAAGUGGGUUGGGGUUCUACCGUCUCUAUUCGUCAUUUAGAAACUUUAGGAGGUUACUUACAUUCUCAUUCCCAUUUCUACCCAGCUGGAUCCAAGCAGCAACAGAUUACUUUAUACCCACAUUUAGAUGAAAACAACAAUUGGAUAAUUGAGCCAUAUAAUGAUACUAUAUCUGAUACUGAAUUUGUCCAAUUGACUGACGGUAUGAAAAUUAGAUUGAGGCACGUUGUCACUGGACGUAGAUUACAUUCUCAUGACGAGAAGGCACCAGUUUCUGAAAGAGACUGGCAAAAGGAAGCCUCUUGUUAUGGAUACGAUGGAUUCGGAGGUGAUGCCAAUGAUGACUUCAUUGUUGAGGUUGUUCCUCAAAAGACUCCUGUACACGCCCAGACUGAGGUUAGAGCCAUUGAAACUGUCUUCAGAUUAAGACAUGCAAUGACCGGACACUACCUUUUCUCUUCUGCAGUUAAGUUACCAGAUUGGGGUUUCGAACAACAAGAAGUUACAACUGCCUCCCAAGGUGCAAGACACUUGUCUCACUGGUACAUUGAAACCAACGAGAACCAUAGAAUUCCUGCUGAAAAGAAGGAAUUCAUUAGCUACAAGGUACCAACUUUACUUGAAAAGAUAAUUGAAUCUCACAAGAGAAUGUGGAAAAUUAACAACAGUUUAACCGAUCACCACAACUGGCAAAGUGAUCCAACUGAAUGGCCAUUCUUGCUCAGAGGAAUUAACUAUUGGGUCAGAGAACAUAAGCAAGUUUAUUUGUUAGGUAAUGCCGUUGUUUGGUGGUUAACCACAAUCUGUAUUUUAGCUUUUAUUGUUCAUGUUGGUGUCUUAGUUUUACACUGGCAAGUUGGCUUCUACAAGAUUGAAGGAAGUUCUAAGGAAGUUUUCAACUUCAACAUUCAAACUGCCAGUUACGUUUUAGGUUGGGUCUUACAUUAUGCACCAUUUUACAUUAUGGGUAGACAAUUAUUCUUGCACCACUACAUUCCAGCCGCUUAUUUUGGAAUUUUAAGCAUGGGGCAUUUCUUUGAAAUCUUUGUUGGAUAUUUCAGCAACGUAGGUAAAGGACAAAAAGUGAGAAUUUUUAGUUGGAGUAUGAUUUCAAUCAUUGUUACUUUAAGUCUUGCGUUCUAUGUUCAAUUCUCGCCUUUAAUUUAUGGAAGUGUUUGGACCAGAUCUCAAUGUGAAGCUUCCAAGGCUAUAAGUGGAUGGGACUUCGACUGUAAUACAUUCCAUAAAGAUUAUCAAUCGUAUGAGAACAUCGCAGGUGAAGUUGCUCAAGGUGCCAAUUCAGCUGAACCAGUCAGAGAACAUGACUUGAAAGAAGCCAAAGAAACACCAGUGCAGCCAAGAGAAGAGAAAGAAGCUGCAGCUCCUGUAGGCACAUCUUCUAGUCAGGCUCCGGAACCUGAAGCUGAAGAGGCUCCAGUGAAGGAGGAACCAGAGUCAGUUGUACCACAAUUUGAGCCUGAUGAUGAAACCAGUCAAGUGAACUCCAAACCGGAAAGCGUUGAAGAAGUUCUUGUUAACGAAUCGCAAGAAGUUGCUGAAGAAGCUGCCAUAGAAAGCAAGGAAGCAAAGGAAGCAGUAGAACCCAAGGAAGAGCAGUUUGUAGAAGAGACUGUUAUUGAAACUGUGAUUAACACUAAAACUGAAACUGUUGUGGUUCAACCAAAGGCAGUCAGUGACAGUGACAGUGACAGUGACAGCGACAGCGACAGCGAUGAUGAGUAA